AUGGCAAACUUAAUGUUAUCUUUAGAUAAUGCCGUAGCAUUUACAAUUUUGAAAUCAAUUGAUUUUCAUACUUACCUACCUCCCUAUAGAUCCUUAUUAAAUCCUACUGCCAGAUACGAUUAUCGUACUCAUUCUUUAGUUCCCUUAAGUCAAAAUGAAUUAAAUAGUCUCAAUGCCACUUUAAGAACAAGAAAUAAAGAUAAUGGGAAUAAUAAUGGAUCAAAAACUUCCGGUGGAGGUGGAAGUAAUGGAACUUUUAAAAUGAAGUAUAAGUCUCUAUUAAGUGAUGUUAGUAGAUCUUUAUCCAUGAGACUUUCCAAUCCAAAUUUAAUGGCUAGUGUAUCGACCACCAUAUCUGCAGCUGCUGUGGCUGCAGCUGCAACUGUAUCUUCUAAUGCUUCAUUAUCUGGAGCAGUAGGAACUCUAACUCUAUCAUCACCAUCUGCAACUGUAUCACAGUCACAGCAAUUACAAACUCAAGUUCAUCAACCAAUACAAUUUAAGAAUCUACCUGUUGAAGUCCUUGAUUAUAUAUUUUUCCUAGUUGAUUCCAAACAAGAUUACAAGAGUUGCAUGUAUACAUGUAAAUUAUUCUAUUAUUUUUCAAAACCAUAUUACUAUCAACAUUUAAAAUUCACUUCCACUUAUAGAUUUGCUCAAUUCAUUACCUAUUUACGUUUGAAUCUGGAAAUUGGUUAUUAUGUCAAGAGUAUAGAUUUAUCAACGAUAAAGCCAGGUUAUGAUGAAGAUGCAGAAGAAAAUAUCAAUACUAAUAAUGAUUAUAAUAACCAAGGACAAAAUCAACUCAAUCACCCUCAUCAAAAUGUUGAAAUUGAUUUCCAAGAUCUCAAUCAUUCAAAUGAUGACCUUCAUAAUACACACUCUAGAGAUCAAGAUGAUUUUAUUCAUGAUAAGAUUUUGGCAGGUUGGAGAGAUUGGAAAUUUAAAAAUAAUCCUCUCUAUUCUAUUCAUCCAAUGGCUCCAUCUAUGAGUUUAACUAAAAUAUCAUCAAAUUCUCAAAUCUCGGUCAUAUCAAAUUCUUCUUCUCAUAAAUCUUCAUAUAAUUCAUCUUCAACAUCAAAUAAAAGAUUUAAACCUUUUAAAUAUUUCAAGUCCAAAAAGAGAUCUAAGAAUAAUCGUAAAUCUUCAUCUCCUCCAAAAUUGGAAUACUUGAACUUGGCGGCAAGUCAUCAUCAUGGUUUACUGCCUUAUAUGCUUCCUUCACAAUCUUCAUCAUCUGUCUUAGCACGAAAUUCAUCUCCUCAUCCACUCAUUAAUAAAUUCUUAUUGAAUUAUUCAUCUUCUAAGGAUAUCCCAGUAGGUUAUAUCUUACACCUUAUAAAUUUAUGUCCAAAUAUUGUAUCACUUGAUUUAGGAAAUAUUUCCUUAUCAAUUGAUUAUGAAAUCAGCCGUGCAAUGAUCUAUAAAUUCCAAACUUUUGAUUUAAUGAAUAACUAUCCCAAGGAUAUUAUCAAUAAGAUCGAUGAAGUCAUGAAAUUACCUGAUUAUUUUAAUAAUAUUGUUAAUCAUAACAGUAUUUUUAAUGAAGGAGAUGAUCUUUCUACGGAUGCUUCUUCAUUGUUAUUAAAUGAUGGAACAUCCAACAACAAUGGCACUACCACCAAUUCGAGACCAGCAUGGCAAUCAUCUAGUAAUCUAUUCAAAUCCACCCAAUCUACAUCAUCUGCCGCUUCAUCGGUCUACUCCAUAACUACCUUUUCUAAACCAAUUAGAAAGUAUAAUAGUCUCUUACCACCUUUACCUCAAACGGUUAAUGAUAUUAGUUAUCUUAAUAAAGGAGAUGGUAAAGUAUACCUUAGUGAUUUGAAUUUAAAAUCGAUCAAUAAUGGUUACCUCACAAAAUUAAAUGAGACAGAAUUGUUAUCGGCAAUAAUUAGAAUGCAUGGAUCAAAAUCUCCAUUACUUAAACGAAAUCAGAAAGAAAUUGGUAAUACGUAUUAUAAUACUUAUUAUACUAAUAUGAUUUUAAACGAUGCCAAUUUUACCAUAACUAAUUUGAAAUACAUAAAUUUGUCAUCGAUGAUUUGGUUGAAUAAGUCAGCCAUCCAAAGGUUCUUAAAGAAUUUAAUUAGCAUGAGAAGAAGAAAUAAUUAUUAUACUUCCAAAUUUAGUGAUCAAGAAGAAUCUGAUGGUAUUGAAUAUUAUACUGAAGAUGAUUCUUAUAUGGUUGAUGAUACCGAGAGUGGGAGUGAAGAGAACUCAUUGUAUAGAUUCGAUACUAUGUUUAAUCCUUUGGAUUAUAAACAAGAUUUAGUCAUUGAUUUAACGGAUUCGGGAAUGUAUAAGAAUCUUCCAUGGGCUAAAAGAAUUGAUUUGAAUACUCGUGAUGGUUGCAAAUUAAUUCAUAAAAUCAUCAAUGAUGAAUUGUAUGAUCCUUUCCAAGAGUAUAUGAGAAGAGAAAGAAUUAGAAGAGGUAGAAUAGGUGAGAAUUAUUUAGCCUAG